GUGACACAGGGGAGAUCAGCACUCAAGCACACACCAAGAAACAAGACACGUGGAAGAAAAAACGGCUUCAGAAAAACAACCUUAAUCAGGAUUCUUGACUCCUUAUUGCAACAGAAAGCUCAUCUCCAGACCAAAAUAUCACAAAAGCAGAAGUAAAGAUGAACUUGUUAGUCAUCCUGUGUGUCAUUGCAGUUUUCAGUAUUGAAGUUGCAUUUUCAAAGAGGUGGCUUAAAAAGAAGCGGUCACCAAGCCAUACACACACAGAUGAUGCUUCAGAGGAGUGUCGGUCAGGGGAUGGGAGCAGUUACAGGGGAAUUGUUUCCAAAACAGCGAAUGGGCGCCAAUGUCUUAACUGGAAUAGGUUCACAAACCCCUGGGGGGCCUCAUUUGGAACCGGGGGUCAUAGAUACUGCAGGAAUCCUGACCAAAGCUUGAGGCCGUGGUGUCGUGUCAAAAGAGGAAAGAGAGUCGUGAGAGAAUUCUGCAACAUUCCCAAAUGCUCCCCAACUGUAAAGCUUCCCGUUGCUGUGGAUACAGAACUAACAUGUGGUGAGAAGUCUGAACGGAGGAUGCACAAAAUUGCGGGCGGUUCAUACGUAACAGCGCGGUCACAGCCGUGGGUCGCCGCCAUUUUUUAUCAGCGCUACAAGUUCCUUUGCGGUGGCUCGCUCAUUGCGCCGUGCUGGGUGCUCACAGCUGCACAUUGCUUUUCUAAUGGUGAACGGACCAACCUCCAGCGUAUGUCUGUGUUCCUGGGCAAGAGUGCCAUCAAUGAAACGGAUGACGUCAACGAGCAGAAGUUCACAGUGGAAAAAAUGAUCCUCCACCAAGCAUACAAUGAGACCAACUACAACAAUGACAUUGCUCUGUUGAAGAUUAAAAGCCGCAAUGGCGGAUGUGCCGUGAGAUCGGAAACUGCUCGCACGGUUUGUCUUCCUCCACCUCACACUCAACUUCCUGCUGGUUCCCAGUGCAUCAUCGCAGGAUUUGGCAAGGAGAAAUACGCGUCGUUCCAGUACUCUCAGUACUUGAAGGAGGCCCAUGUGAAUCUUCUCUCCCAGUCUCACUGUAAAAAAUAUCCCAUGUAUGCGAAUCUGCUCACUGACAACAUGUUCUGUGCUGCGGGACCCAACUGGAGCAUGGAUGCCUGCAAGGGCGAUUCUGGUGGUCCACUAGUGUGUGAAACGUCCGGUCGGCUAUUUCAGUUCGGGAUUGUGAGCUGGGGCAUUGGCUGCGCUAAUGAGAACAAUCCUGGUGUUUACACUCAGCUCACCAAAUACAACAAAUGGAUUGCAGAGAAAACAGAACUACCGCAGUAUACAAAAGGAGUCAUGUACCCCCCAAAAUAAAGGUGGGGGACAGAGUCCCCUUGUGUUAGAAUUGAUUUCCCAAAGAAACAUUCGGCAGCAGAGUUGAAGGCUCUGCGUGCACGCUGGUUUGUGCAUUUUGCCAUGUUGUUUUCACUAUGCAUAAAGUGGCAGUUGAUGGGCAUUUACUGCACAUGGAUAGAGGGAAUCCUUUGAGGAUUUUCUAUCAUGUUCUUAUUUUUUUGCGUAUUUAUUGUAAACAGCUUGAUAUACUCUUCAUUUUGUUUAUUUUAUAUAUAUAUUUAACAAAUGUUUUAUUUAAGCAUUUUCUGCUAAGCAUAUUCUCGAGAAGGGUUGCCAUUCAAUAUUUUUAAUACAUUGAAAUGUAAAUACUUUACUACUACUUUUUUCGUACUGGUGGAAUGUGCCAACCAAUGAGCUUCUUGCAAAAAAGAAAAUACAAUACUGUACCACACCGUGAAGUAAAAUUCACAAAGACCACUGGGUGGCGCUAUUAUUGGAGGAAGCAAAUAAAAUCCUGACCUGCUUUA